GAUUGCAAGAACUGGUAGACAUAACGUUCUUAAUAGAGUUAUCGAUGCUGAGAGGCCUUAUGAUUUCAUUAGUAUGAUCUUUGAAGGAGAAACGCCUAUUCAGUGGGGUUGUCAUGUUAGAAUUACUCUUCAAGAGUUAAUAGGUCCAGGAGGUUCACGUCCAGGAGGUCCACGUUCUACAUUUUAUCAGUAUUGUCUUCAUGCUUCACACGUUCAAG